AUGGCCGAAGAACAAAGGACUUUGCGGAAGCUUUCUGCACCAAAUAUGAAUCAACAACCGCUUUGUAUUCAACAUCCUACAUUAGAGGUUGGUUUUGAAUUAAGGUCAGGAUUGCUUCCCAUGGAGAGAAAUAUGAUGGAUGCAGCUAGUGGAGGUGCUAUAGUGAAUAAAACUCCUUGUCAAGCUAGAGAUUUGAUAUCAAUAAUGGCUGCCAAUUCACAACAAUUUGGAUGUAGACAAGAUGCAUCUUCAAGAAGAGUGAACGAGUUAGUUAUAGGAAAUGUGCAACAAGUAAAAGCUUGUGGGAUUUGUGCUGUUACUGGCCAUCCAAUUGACAUGUGCCCGACGCUUCAAUACGAUUCUUGUGAGCAAGCUAAUGUAAUUGGAGGCAUGUUCCACAACAACAAGCUUCAUCUUCACAACAAGCUUCAUCUUCUAAUUCAGCUAGCAUCUACCGUGGGUAGAUUAGAGUCUCAAGGUAAGUUGUCAUCACAAACUAUUGUGAAUCCCAAGCAAAAUGUGAGUGCAAUUACAUUGAGAAGUGGAAAAGAGUUGUCAGAACCUACUCAAGUGAGGAAAACACCUAACCAAGAUGAGGAAACUGAAAAAGAAGUCCAUCAAUCUCAAGAUGAUCAAAAGCCUAUUGGAGAGCAUCCAAAGACUAUGGUAAUUCCUCCGCCUUUUCCUAGUAGAUUGGCUAAAUCCAAGAAGGUCGAAGAAGAAAAAGAAAUUCUUGAAACCUUUCGAAAGGUUGAGGUGUAUAUUCCUUUAUUUGAUGCUAUUAAACAAAUUCCUCGGUAUGCUAAAUUUCUAAAAGAGUUGUGCACCAAUAAAAGAAAGUUGAAAGGCAAUGAAAUGGUAAGCAUGGGGGGAAAUGUUUCAGCUAUCCUUCAGAAAAAAUUACCUCCCAAAUGUAAAAACCCAGGUAUGUUUGCUAUCCCUUGCAAGAUAGGUAGUGUAAAUAUUGAAAGAGCAAUGUUAGAUCUUGGAGCUUCAAUUAAUGUCAUGCCCUUGUCUGUUUAUUCAUCUCUAAAUGUUGGUCCAUUAAAAGAAACGGGUAUAAUUAUUCAACUUGUUGAUAGAUCUAAUGUGUAUCCUAAGGGUGCUUUGGAAGACAUUUUAGUACAAGUGCAAGGGUUAGUUUUUCGUGCUGAUUUUUAUGUAGUGGAUAUGGAAGAAGAUAAUAAUUCUUAUGAUUCAACACUAAUAUUGUUGGGAAGGCCUUUCUAA